AUGUUAAAUAAUUCUAAACAAUCCAUAUUGAAUAUGUGUACACCUGAUGAAGAGUAUAUAAUUUUGAGACAAAUUAAAAAUCUACCAAACUUGAAAUUAUUAGCUGACAAUUUAUUAAAGACUAUUCAACUUGAUCUUAUUCAAGAGAUAAAUAUAACAAAUAUGAAUAUUAUACAAGACAAUGAUUUAUACAAACUUCCAAUGUCUUCUGUAUCAUUCUUGAGUAAUAAUAAUAAUACUUCAUCAUUUCAAUUGUUACCUCAUGAGAUUACGUCAAACAAAAUAUCAUCGAAUUCCAGAAUAUUCAAUUCCUACUUUUUGUCAAAUCAAAGUUUAAUUAAUCACAGUAAUGAUUCAACAUUUAUUCAAUGUUUAAAUGAUACAUUUGACAAUUUAAUUAAUAAUAAUAAUAAUGGUCAUGAUAAGUUUUCAUCGGUAGUCAGUUCAAUUCCUAGUGAGAAUGCUCGCUCAGUUAGUCAGAUUCCUGAUGGUGAUAAUGAUCAUGAUGAUCAGAUCAACUUUCCACAACAUAAUCAAUUUAAAAGACAAGAAAUAUUGAAUGUGAAAAAUGAAGUAUUCAGUGUAAAUCCUGAACUUUUACUGAAUUGGAUUAAUGAAUUUCCAUUGAAUAUGUUAAGCUAUCAAAAUCAAACUGAAAGAUUAAUUAAUCAAAUAAAAAAUCUUAAGGAUAUUAUUCCCACUCAUUGGACAGAUGGUCUUAGCAAAGAAGCUAGACAUAUUUAUUCAGAUCAAUUUCAACAAUCUAAUGGUGUUUCAAGUCAAGAAAUUAUACAGAAUAUACAAGUAAUAACUACUGAAUAUGCUUAUGAUCAUUAUUCUUUGAAAUAUCCAUAUACUCCAAUUGCAAUAAAUCAAACUUUAAUAAGGAGUAAGAAAUUUGAACAAAGAAAUAAGAAACGUGUUAUGUGUCCAAAUUGUAGGAAAACAUUCUGUGAUAAAGGAGCGCUUAAAAUCCAUCAUAGUGCAGUUCAUUUGAAAGAAAUGCAUAAAUGUACUAUAAAUGGAUGUAAUAUGUGGUUUAGUUCAAGACGAAGCCGUAAUCGUCAUUCAGCUAAUCCUAAUCCACGUUUACACAUAUUACAUAUAAAUAAAAAUAAUGAAAAUCACAAUAAUGUUGUAAAUUAA